AUGAAGCUACUGUGGAAAACAAUAUGGGGCAUGAAGACUCUAAACAAAGUUCAAAACUUCAUUUGGAGGGCUUGUAAAGAUAUUUUGGCCACCAAGACGAACUUGAGGAAGCACCACAUCACAAGCAAUGACCUGUGCACGAGUCGUAACAAGGCAGCAGAGACUAGUGGACACAUGUUUUGGUUCUACGAAAAGGCGAAGGAAGUUUGGAAUAGCAGCAAAAUGGUCUUCCCUUUCAUGAUAACUGGAAACUGGGAAUUCAUUGAUAUUGUUUGGAAUGUCAUAAAGCAUACCCCAAAAGACUUUGGAAUGCUAGAAAAGACGACAAUGAUAUGCUGGGAAAUUUGGAAAAAUAGAAAUGUUAUGAGCCUCGAAGGGGCGGGCAAUCAGGGGUACAAGGUCCUGAAGAAGGCUCUCAAUCAAGUGGAGGAUAAUCGGGCUACUCAUGAGAAGGUCUUACCACAAAGAGAUAAGGAAGAAAUUUAUUGGUCUGCGCCGAGGGAAGGGAGAUACAAAGCUAAUGUUGAUGGUGCUACCUUUACCAAAACACAAGCGUCGGGCAUGGGCCUGGUAAUUCGCAACAAUCGGGGACAGGUAAUGGUGGCCAUGAGCAGGAAAAUCCCUACUCUGCUGUCGGCACUAAGUGUGGAGACAAAAGCGAAGGAAUUAGCUGUGGAGUGGAUGCUGGAGAUGAGUUUCAAGAGGUCACCUUCGAAACUGACUCCCUAA